AUGUAGCAAAAAGGGAGCAGAUGGCAUUGGUUCUCAGAUUUGUGGAUAAAGAUGGCAUAUUGCAAGAGCGGUUCUUUGACUUGAUACAUGUGACAAGCACCAAAGCCGCGACACUUAAAGAGGUAUUGAGCUCCGUGUUAUCCAAAAAUGCUUUUGAUGUUCAAAACCUUCGUGGCCAGGGGUAUGAUGGGGCUAGUAAUAUGAGGGGAGAGUUCAAUGGAUUGCAAGCUCUUUUUCUUCGUGAAUGCCCAUAUGCAUAUUAUGUCCAUUGCUAUGCUCAUCGUUUGCAACUUGCGCUAGUGGCUGCAUCCAAGGAAGUGGUUCCUGUGGCUCAAUUUUUUCAGAAACUUCUGUUCAUUGUUAACACCGUUGACUCCUCCGCGAAGCGCCAUGACGAGCUUCAUGAUGCUCAGUUGGAUGAACUAGCUCGGUUACUAGCUAUUGAUGACAUUGAAACCGGUCAAGGUGCAAACCAAAUACGUGCACUAAAACGACCCGGCGACACAAGAUGGGGUUCACACUUGGGUUCAAUAUCUAGCCUAAAAGCCAUGUUUAAUGCAGUAAGUUUAGUGCUUCAGAAAAUAGCUUCCGAUGGAUCAGCUGGAUCAAUUCGUGCAGAUGGAGAUACCGCUUUCAUCUACUUGUCCUCUUUUGAGUUCAUACUUCUCUUAUGUUUGAUGCAAGAAAUAUUGGAGAUUACCGAAGAUCUUGGCCAAGCUUUGCAAAAGAAAUCACAAGAUAUAGUAAAUGCCAUGCGUCUAGUGUUCUCAACAAAGGUCCGCCUUAAUGAGAUGAGAUCAGAUGAUGGUUGGGAAGCCUUCUUUUUUCGAGUUGUUGAGUUUUGUGCAAACCAUUCCAUUGAUAUUCCAGAUUUGGAGGAAACUCACAUUCUACGUGGUGGUCGUGCUCGCCGCCAACCAGAUUGUUUUACGAAGGAGCAUUAUUUUCGAGUGGAGUGCUACUUUGAUCCCUGCAAACAAGUUUAGAUCUUUCAAGGCUGAUGACAUUUGCGAGAUGGUGAAGAAAUAUUAUCCAGCUGAUUUCAAUCAACAAGAAAUUUAUGGUCUAGAGCAGCAACUCAAACAUUUUAUUGUGGAUGCUUCCAAUGAUAAUGAGAUGAAAAAAGUGUCAACAUUGACAAAGCUUUGUCGCUGCCUUGUUGAAAGUGGGCGAAGUUCUAUCUACAACCUAAUUGAUAGGUUGCUCCGAUUGGUUGUGACUCUGCCAGUUUCUACGGCAAGCGCUGAACGCGCAUUUUCAACUUUGAAGAUCAUCAAGACAAGGUUGCGUAACAAAAUGGAGGAUGAGUUUCUUGCCAACAGUUUGCUAGUAAACAUAGAAGGGGAAAUUGCAGAGAAGUACACCUAUGAUGAUAUUCUCUUGCAUUUCACGGGUGCAAAGAGAAGAAGAUCUGAUCUGGAGUGAAAAUCCUUGGUUAGUUAGUAUAUAGUUUAUUCUGUUUUAGUUCUUUUGGAGUAGCUUAUGCAUAUAUUGACAUCGGAAAUAUA